GUUCCGAUCCGGCCCCCUGAAUAGCCAUUUUUUCUUUCUCUUUCUCUAUUUGUAUAGUCUAGUUUAUGCAAACAACAUUUUUUCUCUCUCUUUCAAAUCAUGAGCAGCAGUGCCGAUUAUCUACUAGAUUUGACUCAAGACGAUAUUACAGCUUUAGCAGAGAAUGUAGAUCCAUAUGGUGAUUCACAGUCUGAAGAUGAACUACCUGAUUCUUCAGUCUGUGCUGUCAAACACACUAUGGAAAAAGACCAGGCACUUCGUUCAAUGCCUACUAUGAAUAGUGCAGCCAAAGUAGUCAAACAUGUAGAUCAAACAUCAAUUACUAUUGCUGAGCAUAAAAGUAAACAAGGUAUUUUGCUUAAAGAUAACACCGUGUAUGAAUCAUCCUUUUAUUGUCAAGCGACUUGCCAUCAAUACAUGUCUUACGAGUUGUUGUCAUCUUUUCAACAUGAACCAUUUGAUCUAAACAAAUUAGACAUUGUAUUAGACCCAAACAGUGUAUUAUCUAUCCGCAUCACAUGUACCUUAAAUGGCUUGAAUACUUUAAAGUAUCCUUCAUGGAUCGAAAUCUCUUUAAAUAAGCUGAUGGAAAGCACUGACUUUAUCAAACUACAAUCAUUUUGUAAAGGUGACUUAUUUCAGUACAAGAUUGACAAGGCAUUUGCCUCAUCACCACUUUCGUACUUGCUACAAAAGAAGGCACCACACGGUGUCCUAAAGAGUUUACACAUUCAUCUUGAUUGGAUAACAAAGGACAGUGUGAUGUUUCAAUUAGCUUGGAAUCAUGAUUUUAAAAUAGAAUCCAUAUCUAAUUAUUUCCAAGAAGUCUUGAGUGGCAUCUUAACCAAAAGAAUAUUUCGUCAUUAUCCCCUUAUCUUUUCUGGGGCAUUUGUGAAGAGGAUUGUACCUGUUAUAUCCCAUCUACCCCAAAUAGCCCAGUCAUUACAAAAAAUAAUUAAAACAUCCAAAGAUACUUGCCAAAACAAUGGGUUUAAUGACAGUUUGACAGAUAAAUUAAAGAUGGUUGAGAAGAACAUGGGUGUUUUGAGGCCCCAUACAUCAUCAGUAGUAGAUCAAGACGAGGAGAAUAAAGAAGCCUUGUUAACAAAUCUGAUUCUGGGAUUAUAUUAUACAACUACAAAAAGUGCUAAAGAUGACCAGAUUAAGAGCAUCCCUAAAACACUUGUGGUAAAAACUAGAAACACGCCUGAUGCAGUUGAAGCAGUAACAAAAAUUUGGUCGGUCACCACCUUAAAUAAUCCAUCCUCAUUAAUUGAUGAGUAAAAUGUUUCAUCUAAAUAAAGAAUUUGCCUGAAUUUUUAAAUUGCAAUGGUGU